CUUAUAUGCGGCUCUAUUUGUGCGCACAGUUUUCUGCCUUAUCCGCUAAUGUUUUUGUUGAGCGACAAUAUGUGCGAUAUAAAAAUUAUUCCAUAUGUGAUCAAAAUUGUUUAGAAUGCAUAGUGUCGUCGUGGUGUCGCUGUGAAUAUUAUUUUCGUUUAUUUACAUUCAAUUUCUAUAUUAGGUUUCUAAAAUAUCUACGUUAGGGGUGGUUCCGUGAUGCCAGUUCGUAAGCAAGAGGCGCAUCGAGCUCUAGAAUUACUUGAAGAUUAUCAUAGCAAGCUAAUAAAGCCACAAGACCGGCAGUUGAGGCUUGCUAUCGAAAGAGUCAUCAGAAUUUUUAAAUCAAGAUUAUUUCAAGCAUUACUCGAUAUCCAAGAGUUCUAUGAGCUCACUCUCCUCGAUGAUACGAAGUCGGUACAACAGAAAACUGCAGAAACAAUCCGUAUCGCUAACAAGUGGGAAUUGGACAGCAACAGACGAGAGAUAUCAACGGAUGAAAUUGAAUAUAGAUCGGUAUCAAAUGCAUUUCUACACGACAACAAUAAGAAGUCUGAAUCACGUAAUGAGACACCAGACUCGGGUAAGGUGCGUUCUGUCGUAUCACCAAGUGAUGAAGUUGAAGAAAAGAAAGCUCACGUCGCAUCAUCUGAAAUGAAGCAGAAUGAAAUAAAGUUACAGGUUAAUGGCAUAGAAGGUGGAGCAAAUGAAAGAACACAGGGUGAGGAUGGCUACAUUUACCUCUCGGUGGCACUGUCUCGAGCUGGUGGUGCUGGCUUGGGCUUCAGCAUUGCAGGAGGGUCUGACAAUCCCCAUGUGGCAGAUGACCCUCAUAUCUAUGUCACAAAGCUCAUACCUGGUGGUGCUGCUGCAGCCAGUCAGUUACUGAUUAAUGAUGCUAUUUUACAGGUGAAUGAUGUGAAUGUAGAAAAUGUGACACAUGCUGAAGCGGUUGAUGCACUGAAAAAGGCUGGUAGUACUGUGAGAUUGAAAGUGCGACGUCGAGCUAUAGAAGAUACCCUAAACGUGUCACAAGUGUCAAACAAAGAGGAAUCUGUGGAAAUAGAACUUAUAAAAGGUGGCUCUGGCUUGGGCUUCAGUAUAGCAGGCGGACUCGGUAACCAACACAUACCCGGUGACAACGGCAUUUACGUUACCAAAAUCAUGGCCGGCGGCGCUGCGCAUCAAGAUGGACGUUUAAGAGUUGGUGAUAAAUUGCUUAUGGUCAAAAACACUUCUAACGGAGAUGUCAAUUUGGAUAACGUGACACACGAGGAUGCCGUGGCCGCUCUAAAGGCAACAGGAGAACGCGUGUUGCUAGUUUUGGUACCAGGGCCGAGACACGGACAACCCUCGCCGCGCACUUCUCGAGCUAACACACCGUCGAGCGCAGCAAAUUCUCUCCGACGCGAAGACGCAACGGACGGCGGCGAGGAGGUACGCGUGGUGGAGCUGGAGAAAGGUCCCUCGGGCCUGGGGUUCAACAUCGUCGGUGGCGAAGACGGGCACGGCAUCUACGUUUCUUUCCUGUUGGCCGGCGGACCUGCGGAGAGGUCCGGCGCUCUACGGAGAGGAGACCGUCUGCUCGCAGUCAACGAUCUUGACAUAUCGCACGCCACACACGAACAGGCCGCCAAAGCCCUGAAGAGCACGGGUCAAAUUGUUAAAUUGACUGUUGUGUAUCGUCCACAAGAAUACAAUAAGUUUGAAGCACGAAUCAAUGAAUUGAAACAACAUCAUACGCUAUUACGGACAUCUCAAAAACGAUCCUUGUAUGUAAGAGCAUUAUUUGACUACGACCCCAUUCGAGACGAUGGUCUACCUUCGAGAGGAUUGCCGUUUCGAUAUGGCGAUAUAUUGCAUGUUACAAAUGCGUCCGAUGACGAAUGGUGGCAAGCCAGAAGGCUGGGUCAGGAUAAAGUGGACACCGAUGCUAUCGGUAUAAUUCCUUCGAAACGUCGAUGGGAAAGAAAACAGCGGGCACGCGAUCGACAAGUUAAAUUCCAGGGACAGGGUACACCGGUCAGUACGAGCCAAUCCACUCUGGAAAGGAAAAAGAAAACUUUAUCUUUCAGUAGAAAAUUCCCAUUCAUGAAGAGUCGAGAAGACGGCAAAUCUGAAGAUGGUUCCGAUCAAGAACCUUUCAUGCUUUGUUACACGCAGGAGGACGCUAACGCUGACGGAGAAAUCUUGUAUCGAGUGGAACUUCCCAUGAUGGAGGAGAUAACGCUCAUAUAUCUCGAGGACGAGAGUCAAGACGAGACGGUGUUGUCUUAUGAAACAGUUCAGCAGUUGACGAUCGCGUACACUCGGCCCGUGAUAAUAUUGGGCCCAUUGAAAGAUAGAAUAAACGACGACCUCAUUUCCGAGUUCCCUGACAAGUUUGGAAGCUGCGUGCCGCAUACGACACGGCCAAGACGCGACUACGAGGUGGACGGGCGGGACUACCACUUCGUGGCCAGCCGCGAGCAGAUGGAGCGCGACAUCCAGAAUCACCUGUUCAUCGAGGCCGGCCAGUACAACGACAAUCUGUACGGAACGUCCGUGGCAUCCGUGCGAGAAGUCGCCGAGAAGGGCAAGCAUUGCAUUUUGGACGUCAGCGGUAACGCAAUCAAGAGAUUGCAAGUAGCACAACUAUUCCCUAUUGCCAUAUUUAUCAAACCAAAGAGUGUAGAGUCUAUAAUGGAAAUGAACAAGAGAAUGACAGAAGAACAAGCGAAGAAAACUUAUGAACGUGCCCUUAAAAUGGAGCAAGAAUUCGCUGAAUAUUUUACUGCCGUGGUGACGGGCGACACGCCGGAAGAGAUAUACUCGAAGGUGAAGGCGGUGAUCGCGGCGGAGAGCGGCCCGUCCGUGUGGGUGCCGCGCCGCGAGCCCCUGUGAGCCCCCGUGAGCCCCGACCGACCGCCCGGUACACUUUACUACUUAUCAUAGUGCCUCGAGUAUCACUCGCCAUUGUUAGCACGCAAUGUGCGACUCCCUUGUUGUUUGUGCGUCCCUAGUGGUGUUGCCGGCGCUCUGCGAGUCGCAGUCGUCGGCCGCGUUUUAUAAUUAAUGACAACAGCUAGUUCACAUUAGUCGUUAGAAACAAGCGCCAUGGAAACGCGCAUAUUAAGAACCGAAAGGUCCGAAUUACGUAAUAGUACGCGCGUAGACGCACGCACCUCGGUAAGCGCGUUUUAUUGCUUUUAGCUACAGCUCGUACACAUUAGGCGUCUCGGAAUAAGAGUUUUAUGAGUCGGCUUUAAUUUACACACGCGAAGUGCUUUUCCGAACUUUGAAAAUGCAGUGAUCUGAUUUAUUGUUUAUUGAAAAAAAAAAAAAACGCUACAAGCUGUUUAAUGUCAGGCGAUUCCUCCUUAGUAAGGAUUUUUUUUGUAAUAUCGAUUGAAGCACCAAAAUUCUCUUGUCUCUGUUUCUAUCGUCUUUAAUAGUAACAGCAGAGAAGCCUCUCGAAAGAAAUCAGUCAACUUCCAGAUUGAGCCAAUACUCUUAGUGCAAGUAUGUCAAAUACUAAUGAUACAAACGCCUAAUGUGUACAAUCUCUAGGUUCACGUGAGAGACAAAUGCGUCAAUACGAUGCUAUGCGACGCGACACAGAGCCGUUUAUAUUUUAUGGACCGAGAUACGUUCACAAAGUGGUUUUGAAUAAUUGAUCUAAAUUGAUACAGUAUGAAAAAGCUGAGAUAAAUGUAAUACAAUAACAGCCUGUUGAAACGUUCAAACCAAAAUUGCAAACGUUUAUGGUCUUAUUAAUGACGAGUUACCGAAGCUUUAUAAGUAUAAAUAAUAGAAUUGACUAAGUCUUAUUCGUACGGUCUGAUUCAAUUUUAACAGUUUUCUUAUAACAAACAGGCUUGUAAAGGUACGCUAAGUCAUGAGUAAGAUGAUUAUUAUUUAGUUCAUAUAGAUAUUUUAGUACAAAGAUUAAAAACACUACUGCUUAAUUUCGCGUUUAUUUCCGUUAUUUCGAUAACUUCAUUUACAGUGUUCUGAUAGACAACUAACUAUUAGUCAUAUAAUAAAGACUAAAUUAAACCACAAGUAAUUCCAAUAAUGUAUAAAACACAUUAUAAUUUAAAUAUAUUAUGUGUGUCAACGUUUACAAUUUUUUAUACUGUAUAAGGUGCGGUCGAAUCAUUUUUUUUUUUCUAGAAACCACGCAUUAUACAAAACAAAAAUGCAGUGACAUCGCGUCUCUCAUAGUAGGUAUAGGCGCUUUGUGUCGCAUCGCGAACUGUCGUUCGCCUGGGAUGGUACGUGAGCUAAGAUGCCCGUUCUACAUCCCGGUCGUAUGAUUCAAAGGUGUUUUUGUAGAUUUUCAACACAUUUCCCGAUCUCACGGCUUCGUAGAAACUUCCCGACUUUUUCUAAUUAAUUGUUUCCGAUAAACGUGUAAAUUAUCACUUGUGCAUAAAAUUGUUGACCAAUCAUUCGUUAUCGACUAGCAGUUUUAGGAAACGAUCGUGCUUUAUUUGAUCGAGCGUAAUAUAUAUUUUAUUGACUAUGGCUAUUAUUCGAAUUCAAUGUUUGUAUCGAGUUUUAGAUUAUUGUAUAAUUUAUUUUAUUUGACAAAGUCUUAUAUAAAUGUGCUUCAAUUAACAAUGUAAAUUGUAUAUUAAUUAUUAAUUAUAAAACGUAUACUAAAUGUUAUUUUACUCAGGUUGCUAGAUAC